GGCCAUCGCCCGCUCGUUAAACGUGAUCUUUGCCACUGCGGACAUCCCGGUGAACCCUUGUAUCGUGAGGUUCAAGCUGGUUAUUGCUUGGUCGGGGUUUAAGUUGUCGAACCGAAUCGAACGCAGUUGUCUUUUAGAUUCAGGUACCGGAUCUUUUGGCAAAGCUUCAAGGUUUUAUGCAUGCUUGGAGCUGAAUCCAAAUUUACAGGUCAACAUGGGAUUUGAUAACGAGUGCAUAGUGAACAUUCAAUCCCUUGCUGGAGAAUACUUCUGUCCCGUUUGUCGGCUUCUUGUUUAUCCAAAUGAAGCAUUGCAAUCUCAAUGUACUCAUUUAUACUGCAAACCAUGCUUGACCUACAUAGUGAGCACUACAAGGGCUUGCCCUUAUGAUGGAUACCUAGUGACUGAAGCAGAUUCCAAGCCUCUCACAGAGUCAAAUAAGGCACUUGCUGAAACUAUUGGAAAGGUAGCAGUUCAUUGUCUGUAUCACAGGAGCGGAUGCACGUGGCAAGGAUCUCUGUCUGAGUGCACAUCUCACUGUUCUGGAUGUGCUUUUGGCAAUUCUCCUGUUGUCUGCAACAGGUGUGGGAUCCAAAUAGUGCAUCGUCAAGUACAGGAACAUGCACAAAACUGUCCUGGGGUGCAAGCUCAGGCGCAACAGCCUGAGGCUACCCAGAACCCUUCAGCUAGUGGUGCUGAUGCUUCUACUGAUCCAAACCAGACUGCUGCUCACGUUGGAGCGACAGCUUCUCAAGCUCUUGCUUCUCAGACUGUGGCUGCAACUACUGCACCUGGGCAGGAUAUGAAUAUGCUAGCCAAUACAACUCCUCAGACUCAAUCUUCAGUUCCGACUGUUGUGCAUCCAAAUGCAGAGCAAUGGUAUCAACAACAGCAAUAUCAGCAAUACUACCAGCAAUACUCCGGAUAUGACCCAUACCAACAGCAGUAUCAACAUCAGUAUCCCUAUCAAUCAACUGUGGCUCCACAGUACCAGCAGUACACACAGGCUUAUGGCCAGUCCCAGCCUCAAUCUCAACUGCAGCCCCAGCCUCAGGCUCUAACACAAGCUCAGCCACAACCUCAACCACAGCCUCAACCACAGACUCAGGCACAGGGGCAUUCUCAAUCAAUUCCCCAUGCACCCGUGGCCCUGCAGUCUCAGAACCACAUGCAAGUUAGCCAACAACAGCAACUUCAGCCUACUGUACAGCAGCAUAGUCAGAUUCAGUCACUGGGGAACCCAUCUGUCCAUGGCCCCCCUCAGUCGCAGCAUUAUCCAUAUCUUCAAGGUCAACCUGCCCCCUCUCAGCCUCAAUCCCAACAAUCUUUGCAAAUGCCUCAAUAUCAGCAGCCUCAUCCUCAGAUGCAACAAUCACAACCUCAAGUUCAACAGCCAGCUCAGAAUUUUCCAAUUUCUCAACCUCAGGUUCAUCAACACGUGCCUCAUGCUCCAGUCCCACAUAUUUCCCAGUCCCAGAUGCAUCCACAACAGCCCAACCUCCCCGGGGCUCUUAAUCUUCAGCCUCAAACGCAAAAUACGUCAGCACAUGCAGUGACAGGUCAUCACUCUUAUCCUCAACCUCAGGCUCAUCAGAAUAUGCAGAUGGGAGCCCCUCAACGUCCUAUGAACAUGCAUCCUCCUCAGGGUGGGCCUUUACCCCAUUCUCAGCGGCAUGGCCAGAUGCAGAAUCAAUUCCCUCAGCAAUUUCCAAUGAUGCGUCCCCAUCAAUCUCAUGCUAUGUUUCCAAAUCAGCAACAGCCCGCAUUGUUUCCUGCAUCUGUUCAGGGCCAACAUAUUCCUCCUCAACAGCAACAACUUUAUGGUCCUGGUCAACAACCUGCCCAAGUCAACCAUCGUCCUGUUGUGCAGCCAUUGCCUCCACAGUCUUUUGUACAGCAGCAGAUGCCUAUGCCAUCUCACCUACGUCCCCAAGGUCCAGCUCCUUCAUUUCCUGAACAUGCUCAAACUUAUCCGCAGCAGCUUACAAAUGUUGCAUUAUCACAUAACCCUCAGUCCAAUCAGUCUCAAAAUGCCAUGGGGAGGCCUUUGUUGCCCAAUCAUACAGUGCCAUCACAACCAUUUGCACAAGCUGCUAAUGUCUCCCUGGUUAGGCCGACGCAUGCUGGUGCUGGCCACUUGCAUGGAAAUCAGAAUAUGAUUGUUGGGCCCAAUAAUCAAGUACAGGCCUCUUCGGAUCUGCUGUCCAGAUCUUCAGAUCCAUAUGGCAAACAAGGUGCUCUCAAUGAGAAAAAAUCUGAUUCUGCUUCUGGAAUACCUGGUAAAACCGUGAAGGAUGUGGAUAAAAUGCCUUUAUCAGAAUCAGAAGUAAAAAUUGGAAAAGAAAUUAAGCAAGAUGAAGUUGCGAAUGAGCAAAAUGGUGAAGGUGUGCAGCCUGGGCAGACAACAGGCAUGAAUGCCAGUGCACUAGGAAAUGCUAAUGUGUUGAACAAAAAUUCUGUGAAGGAAGAGGCUGCUGGAAGUAGUUGGCAGCCUUUAAAUGGAGAUAAAUCAGGUGAUGCGGUAUCUGGGGUUCAGAGCAAUACUGUCAAUGACCAUUCUGGUGUGAAAGACAAGGAGAUUCAAGAUGAUCAUCGGCUGAAUGAUUCACAACCUGGUAAGCAGCAGAAUGAUGAUAUGCCCACUUCAAAACCUCCUUUGGAUGCUGAUAAUGCUGCCUCAGGUGUCGCCCAAACCCCUGGUACUCCUCAAGGUCCUGGGGUUAAUGAACACAGAAAUAUAACUCCACUUGGUCAUGGGCAGUCUGGUGGAUGUCAGCUUUCUCGCCCAGAUCUCUUUGCUGAUCAGGGCAAGUAUCGUAGCCCUGCCGGCCAAAGUUUUCUGGCUCAUUCUAGUGGAAUUCCAAGUCGAUACAACCAAGGUCAAGCACCUUUUCAUCUUGGUGCAUCCAAUUUGCCAAGUGUUGAAUCCGGUGUAAGGCCACAGUUUGGUACUGGAGAUGUGCGUGGUGGAACAACAAAUUUACCACCACAUGCUUCUGAAUCCUACCCGCAUCCAAGGCCUGGUUACUUUAAUGGUCCCCAUGGUGUUGGAUCAGAUGAAGAAAGGUUCAAGCCUUUCCCCAUUCCUGGCCAACACAAUAUUGAACGAAGAGAGUUUGAAGGUGAUCUCAAGAGAUGGUGUUACCUCAAGAUUGUUUCCUCCCCCUUUUUCUUUAAAUGA